AUGUUAAUUUUUUUUCUGAUCGUUUCUCUCAUCUCAUCGAUCAAUGCUACAGCUAUGAUAUCUCGCUCAGAGUACCCGCUAUCUCAGAUCCCUGCACACGGUCCAAAAACUAGAUUAACCAUAGGCAAUAAAUACAUUGCUCCAGAUGGCUUCAACCGCUCAACAACUCUUGUUAAUGGCGCAUUUCCUGGACCGUUGAUCACAGCCCAGAAGGGAGAACACUUUGAUAUUGAAGUGGUCAACAUACUCAAUGACGAAUCGAUGUACGUGCUUACCAGUGUUCACUGGCAUGGCCUCUUCCAGAAUCGAACGAACUAUGCCGAUGGGGUGGCCUUCGUCACACAAUGCCCCAUUACGCAGAACCAUUCUUUUUUACAUUCCUUCUCCGCCCCAAACCAGGCGGGCACUUACUGGUAUCACAGUCAUUAUUCUUGCGAUGGUCUGAGGGGACCACUGGUAAUAUAUGAUCCUGAAGACCCUUUGGCGUACAUGUAUGAUGUCGACGAUGCAAGUACCGUAAUCACGCUUGCCGACUGGUAUCACACUGUGUCCCCCGACUUGCUCGGCACUGUACCUACUGCCCAGUCUAUGCUCAUCAAUGGACUCGGUCGCUAUGCUGGCGGACCCCAGUCUGAGCUUGCUGUGAUCAAUGUCAAGCCGGGAAAGCGAUAUCGCUUGCGCCUGAUUCAAAUGUCAUGCGAACCCAACGUCCAAUUCUCCAUCGAUGGCCACAACUUAACUGUUAUCGAAGCGGAUGGACAGCUGACAGAUCCUCUAGUGGUAGAUCAGCUUCAGAUUCUUGCGGCCCAGCGCUACUCUGUGGUUCUAGUAACUGAUCAGCCAGUGGAUAACUACUGGGUACGCGCUCUUCCUAGCACGGAGAAUGCGACCUACGACGGAGGCAUGAACUCUGCUAUUCUACGCUACGAAGGCGCCCCGGAGACCAACCCGACUACGGUCAAUACGUCAGCCCAGAACCCAUUGGUAGAGACCAACUUGCAUACUCUGAACACUCCCGGUGCUCCUGGCAUUCCGGGGUACGGGAACGCAGAUAUAAACCUCAACUUCAAUGUUUCCUUCAAUGGCUCAAAUUUCGAUGUCAAUGAUGUCACAUUUGUAAACCCCACUGUUCCUGUUCUACUCCAAAUUCUUAGUGGAGUUCGAGACCCUUCUGAGCUGCUCCCAAACGGGAGUGUGUACGUUCUCGAGGCCAACAAAACGGUAGAGUUGACAGUGGCAAUAGUAGGCGCUCCCGGCGGACCUCAUCCUAUACACCUUCAUGGGCAUGCAUUUGAGGUCGUACAGAGCGCGGACAGCAGUACCUUCAAUUACGCGAACCCCGUUCGCCGCGAUGUGGUCAGCGCUGGGAUUAUUGGGCAGCAAACGGUGAUCCGAUGGGUCACUGACAAUUCUGGCCCGUGGAUCUUGCAUUGUCACAUUGACUGGCACCUUGCAACCGGUUUUGCUGUGGUAAUGGCAGAAAGUCCCUCGGAUACUCCAGCUCACGUGAGCCCCGUGCCAGCUGAAUGGGAGCGCUUAUGUCCAAUCUAUAACCAAGACCCGGAUCCCACGGUAGCUGGCAUAACUGGAAUCUACUCUGCCUGA